CAUAAUGUCCUCCACCAUGCGAACUACACUCCAAACUGUGCCUGAAUCUCUUCCUGCAGACCAUGUCAGCAACACCAAGACGAUUUAAAGGACAACACAGCUGAGGAAAUUGAAGGACCAAGGAAGUCGCCAUUGGUCACCAUAUCCCAUCGUGGACGAAGAAGUUUCUUCUACAGAGGAAGAUUUUUGUUUCAAGGAUAUUUUUAUACGUGAGAAAGUGCAUUUAACGAGACAGUUCCACUUCCUUGAGCAGCAUAUACUUCAGCGAAGCGUAGACGUUGGUGUGCAGUGUUGCCAUCGCUGUUUAACAGCAAUGCAUUGACUUUCAUCAUCAGUGUGUUGGGCGUGUUGUCUGUGUGACUCGUGAAAGUUCAGUGCCAGAUUAAAACGUGUAAUUAGCUUCAGUGACAUCCGAGUACGCGGUCUUCAGGACUGUUGUUUGUGCCUGUUUAAAAUCGUGGGUCGGAGGAAAAUGUCGCUGGAAGGGGAAGGAGACAAAUCCAGAAUUGUGGCAAAUAUUUGUAAGGAGGGAGUGGAAAGAAAUGAGUGUAACAGAAGAUAUGAAGAAACACAGCCAGUAAAAUUAACUGAUAUCUUUGGUGAAACUAAGAGUGGCAAGUGCGUCACUUGCCCGCUGCCUCAGAAACCUGUACCAAAGCGGAAACACCUUCCAGCCUUAUAUUCAGAUUCAGAACCCAGCGAAGAUGGGCGUAUAUCUCGCGGUGAAAGUUUUUCGGAUGAACAGCGUGUUCACCACUUUACGAGCAGUUCUAAGACGCAGCAAGAUGACUGGCAGGUACGCGACAGGUCGACUCGCCCAUACAUGACACCACCACGUCAGUCGGAGUAUCAGCAGCCAUUGGCCCAAGAAGGUCAGGUUAGUCCGGUGAAUUGCGGAGUUCAGGCACUCCGUUCACUCGACGCUGCUGAUCACGAUAGCAGUUAUCAGCAGCAAAAACCAUUACGUAAGGAUAAAUAUGUUGACACUAGCUUAUGGCAUAAGUUGCUGCUUCCCGAACUGAGACACGUUAAACGCUGCAGGCCAUCUGAGAACAGAUGCUAUGUUUAUGAGGACCAGGAUCGUUUCCAGGAUGCAGAGAGCAGAAUGGUGCAGGCUGUGGAGGAAGGAAUUGGGCCUUUACGUAUCACCGAAGAUCAGCCAGUUCGUGCAGAGAUGUCGGAUAAACGGAUUAAGAAUGUCGAGUUGAUAAAGAAACUCGUGGAUUCUGUGGGCACUGAUUGCCUUAAGGAUGUAGCAAGGCAGUUGGAGAUAAUCGAGCAGGGACAGCUCGCCAACCUGCAUUUGGAUCCAGCGGAUGAGGACCCAGCGUUCGCUGCUGUGAUUCCCCGUCCUGACGUAUAUGCUGCCGAGGGUGCUGACGGUGGAGGUUCAGCAUUCCGUCGAGGGGAACCUGUUCGCAGCAGUGCAGGUGGUGUUAUCGAAACGUCAGGCAAAGCAUGGUCUCGGCCACACACCCCUUCUGAUAACGGAGGCCUCAUAUCUCCUGUUAAAAAUGUAAGAACGCCAAGCCGCCAUGGAUUUGGAAGAACUCCUGUUAGACGCCAUUCCAAAUCGCCUACAUCUUCGCCGGUGCCUAGACGAACACGACUUAUGAGGACUGGAGACGGGAAUGAUGCAUCUUACGAGGGGGGUGAGAGCGCCUCUUCCACCGGCCGGGUAUCGUCCUCGCGGAGUCGGACCUCAGACGAGCCUCACAUCGGCAAGUACAAGCUGCUCAAGACCAUCGGUAAAGGCAACUUUGCCAAGGUGAAGCUUGCCAAACAUGUGCCCACGGGAAAGGAGGUAGCAAUCAAAAUAAUAGACAAAACACAAUUGAAUCCUGGCAGUCUACAAAAGCUUUUUAGGGAAGUUAGGAUAAUGAAGAUGCUAGACCAUCCAAACAUAGUGAAACUGUUUCAAGUAAUUGAGACAGAGAAGACACUGUACUUAGUGAUGGAAUAUGCUAGUGGAGGGGAGGUGUUUGACUACCUGGUGCUGCAUGGCCGAAUGAAGGAGAAAGAGGCUAGAGCAAAGUUCCGACAAAUUGUUUCCGCAGUACAGUAUUGCCAUCAAAAGAAAAUCAUUCAUCGAGACUUGAAGGCAGAGAAUUUGCUGCUGGACAGUGAGAUGAAUAUCAAAAUAGCUGACUUUGGGUUCAGUAACGAAUUUACACCUGGUAACAAAUUAGACACAUUCUGUGGCAGCCCACCGUAUGCUGCACCAGAGUUAUUCCAAGGGAAAAAGUAUGAUGGCCCAGAGGUGGAUGUGUGGUCACUGGGGGUGAUCUUAUACACGCUAGUGAGUGGAUCAUUGCCAUUUGACGGCUCCACGCUUAGGGAACUCAGGGAAAGAGUACUGCGCGGGAAAUAUCGGAUACCAUUCUAUAUGUCAACGGACUGUGAAAACCUCCUUAAGAAAUUUUUAGUAUUAAACCCAGCGAAAAGGGCGUCCUUGGAGAAUAUAAUGAAAGACAGGUGGAUGAACAUGGGCUACGAAGAGGAUGAGUUGAAACCAUAUGUGGAACCUGAACCAGACUAUAAGGACCUGAAGAGGAUAGAAGCCUUAGUCGGCAUGGGUUACAACAGGAGUGAAAUCGAAGAGAGUUUGGCGAAUGCCAAGUACGAUGAUGUGUUCGCCACCUACCUCCUGCUGGGGCGGAAGUCAUCGGAUCCUGAAAGCGAUGGAUCUAGAUCUGGCAGUUCAUUAUCGCUCCGCAACAUCCCACCUGCAGUGGCACAGGGCAAUGCUCAGUCGCCGUCACACAGCCACAGGGGUGUCCAUCGCUCCAUUUCAGCCACAAAUGCCAAGCCAAGUCGGCGAGCUUCGUCCGGGGGUGAGACUUUGCGUGAGUCGCAACAGCAACAGCAGGGCACGGCUACAGGGGGUGGGACAACUGCUCCUCCAAAUGCUGCAAACCACAAUCACACUCCUGCCAGUAACUUCAAGCGUCAAAACACAGUGGACUCUGCCACUAUAAAGGAAAAUACAGCACGCAUCAACUCUGCGAGUGCUGCAGUCAGACCUGCAACAGUUAAGAACACGCCACUCCCAGGGAUUGAACCAUGUAUGUCAUCAAAUGACCCUUCAUCGGUAAGCAGUCCUGGUAAACCUAGAGGUGUCACCAAGUCCAAUACAAUGACGGGCAACAGAACAUUGACACCAGGUGUGUCAGUGGGCAGAAGGAGUACAAUCAGUUAUGACGCUAAGGCAGCCUCCAACGAGAAGACUAAUGCAGCAGGCGAUGCCCCCAGCUCCAUGGGAGUAGGAGAUGGGCUACCAGUGCGCUCAGCCAAAGGCCAUAUCAAGUCUGCGUCCAUCUCUACAGCGGGAAGAGCUGAGCACCCAGCCCUAGAAACCCCUAUAGACCCUCUAAGACAAAGCAGUGGAGUUGGACGAGGCCCUCCGGUGUCACCAGCAGUAAGCAAUCGACAGUCGCCGUUCCCUCGCAACGUGCCAAGCCGCUCGACAUUCCACAGCGGUCAGAAUCGUCAGCGUAACCAUACGCCAUCAUAUGGCCAGACCACACCCAUGCAGUCACAGGACACAUCAGCUAUUAGCCACUCAGGACGCACCUCAUCCUUUUUCUCAAAACUGUCGUCCAGAUUCUCCAAGCGACCCAUGGACCCGGUUCCUAAACAUGUAGUUAGCAACACAGCAAAUGAUGACCAGGUAAAACCACGAUCCCUUAGAUUUACAUGGAGCAUGAAGACUACUUCAUCCCGAGAUCCAAAUGAAAUUAUGGCUGAAAUUAGAAAGGUUCUGGAUGCAAACAACUGCGACUAUGAACAGCGAGAGAGGUUCUUGCUGCUUUGUGUUCAUGGCGACCCAAACACCGACUCACUGGUGCAGUGGGAGAUAGAAGUGUGUAAGUUGCCACGUUUGUCACUUAAUGGAGUUCGCUUCAAGCGCAUCUCUGGGACAUCAAUCGGCUUCAAGAACAUCGCUUCGAAGAUUGCGAAUGAGCUGAAACUGUGACUACCCGUGUUGGAGGGGGCGUGCAGUGAGGAUGAGGGGAGCAUGCCCCCUCCCCCUUCCACGGCACCCUCAAGGGGCUGACAAUGGAAGCUCGGCCCUCGCCGGCCCUGGAGAUUUCGGCGCUGAAAUCUUAGAAACUUUGCUUUCCUUAUUUUUUUUUUUUUUUGCCAGCCCCUUUGGAAGGGUAAAGGUUCCUUAAUGGCAUCUUCUACACUGUGGUAUUUGAAACCACCCUCUAGGACCAAGAGGGUUAGUGUUCUGUCAGUCGUAAAGUUGAUGUUGUAAGGAGGGGAACUUUCCUUUCCAUACUAAAGCCUUGGAAAUCAAUUGCAAUAUAUAAGAAUAAUACUCUGCAACUAUAUUGAAGGCUAGAAGGUCUCUAUGCAAACUGAAUGUGUGUCUGCCAUUCAUGUAGGCUUUCGAUUGAGCCGCCUUCUCUUUAAGAUGGACACUUUUGAAGCGGUGAACAACACCAACUCUAUUUUCUGUUCUUAUUUUAUUUUUCAAAUAAUUUUCACCUUCAGGCCUGGAUAUUUCUGUACCACUCUAGUAAGGGCUAUUUACUCGAAUGUUAAAAGAGUUUGUAUGAUGUGUGUCAUUUCUUAGCCCCUUUGAGAUGGGGUUCUCUACAGUGAUCCACCGAAAAGCGUGUCUUCGAAGAAGCUGUGUAGCCAGCAUUUUGCAGCACAAACCUUUCCCAUCAGCACAUAGAGGCAUUUCAGAUGGUUUUAUGCAACUUAAAAUUUGUUAGUGCUCAGCUCUGCUGUCCUCUUCCAACUUUUAAAAACUUUAAAUAUGUACCAUAAUAUUUUUCUUAAUUGACAUUAUUUUUAAUAUAAAGAGAGAAACUAUGUCAUUAUAAUAUUGUACUUCAGUAUCUUCUUGCAUUACUAUUGGUCCUCAGUGGAUAAGUUUUUCCACCAUCCAGAUGCAACAUUUUGUUCUUGCCUUCCAUCCUAUGUACACUCUUGUACAACAUGUUGUAGCCUCACGUGGUUGUCCUCAGGCUCAGUUACUCUCACUAAAAUUUUUGCACUGUCACUUCAGUUUAGUCCCUUGUGGAAUGUGCUGUUACUUGCUGAUUGCAACUGUGUAUGUCUGUAAUAUGUAACAGUUGUAUGUCAUUAAUAUUUUUGGCAGGAAUGUUUUAUAUAUUAACUGCUGAUGUUCUGCUGUAUUGUAUAUUUUGUGUACUUACUGUUUUUUUUUGUUGGGGAGGGGGGUUAAUAUGUUGGUGUCUCUCCUUGUUGAGUUAUUCUGGCUGUGUGUGUAGUGAUAUCUAAUGUUCUGUGUCAUUGGUUCUGCUUUUUUAAGGAAAGGGGUGGGGGUGUGCUGCUCUCUGGCAAAGAGUUUGUAUAGUGUUUUGAAUAUGAGGUUAUGUGUGUCAGUGUGUGUGUGUUGUUCAUACACAUGGAUACAUAUAACUCCAUAAUCGAAACCCAACAUGAUCUGUACACAAGAUAGCCGAUAGAUGUAUAAUUCAUACGUGUACAUUGAUACAUAUAACCCCAUAUUUGAAAUGCCAUACAAACUGCUGAUAUCACACACAGUUGGCAGUGUGCACUGCUGGCAGUCAGCAAGUAACAGUGUGUUCCUUGCGUGACUGAAUUUGAAUGACAGUGCAGCAGUUUUAAUGAAAGUAACUACAUCUGAGGCUCUCUGUUUGAGGCCAAAACAUGUUGUAGAAAAGUGUACAUAGGACAGAAGGCAAGAAGAAAAACGUUGAAUUUGGACGGUGAAAACACUUCCACUGAAGACUAUGUCAUUAUAAAUGCUUAGGCAUGUUCAGUAUUAUACUGUGUCUUGUACACCUUAUGUAUUUAUUCUCUGUAGAGCUUGACAUCAUCUAAAGGCCUCCCCACCUAGUGAUAAGGGUUCUUGAAAUUCAAACGGCUUACCUGUUCACCAAAUCUAACAUUUAAAAUUGCUCCUAUUUCCUUGCAAAGUAUACUGACCAUCGGUAUUUUAAAGCUCAUUCAGGAAGGGACCAAUUCCUGUGAAAAGCCAUGCAGGCAUACACCAAUAUUACGUUCAUGAUAGCCUAUCAGUAUGUAUGUAAGGGUGGGCCAUAAAAACCGGCCCCCACACUGCGACCUUCAAUGAUCUAUUGUGCUUUAGCCUAUCAGUAAGGAACUGUGUACUGGUAACUUACUGGUAUCCUAACCACAUUGACAUUGACCUGAAAUAUGUUAUGUAUAAUAGGACACUCGUGUGGGGUUGGAACAGGGAUCUAAAACUUCAGCACUUGCUCCAAAAAUCUUCAUGUGUUCUGGUGAGGAUGAGAAGUGUUUGUGACUGUAUCAAUAUUGUAUUGGAUCUGUGGCAAGACUGGUGUGGUUGUUACUGACAUGAAAGUUGAUUGUGAGAGGGUCCAGUGAUACCGGUUUUGGCAUGAGUAAAGGUGUUAGUUAGUCCAUACAGGGACACAGCUAGUUUUUUUUGGGCAUAAUGGAGAAGGUAUUUAUUGGUUCAUUAAUCAUCUGAAUUGUGUUUCAUGUGACAUAAUAAGGAACAGAUUUGGCAAGACAAACACUGAGUUUUAUCGUGGAUUUUCUCCCCAUCCCGAGUUACAUUGACUAGAUUUUCUACAGACAUUCAAGAAAGUUUUUUUAACAACAAAGGCACAUUUUCAUCUCCCAUUUUGAGAAGUUUAUGUUGUAAGGUUUUGUGCCCAUGAUAGAAGCUGUGGAAAGGUGCAUUAAUAAGUAUGGCCAAUCUCCUCCUUUCCUUUCAGUGAGAUACCAUUGCAUAAAGUUAAAUUAUCAAGCCUUAUACAGUACUGUCUGAAAACCAUUCUUUGAAAAGUUGAAGAAACUGGAAUGUUUUCACAUUAGAAAGAAACAAACUACAUCUCAUGUAUGUAUUUAAAAUUGUUACAGUAAUUUUGUUCUCCUGAAAUUGUGGAAAGUGCAACACUGCAAGAAGAAUUAAUUUAAAUAGCAGAUUAAUUUAGUUUAGUGAAUAUUUGUAUAAAGAAAAUAAGUACAAGGUGUGUAGAUGAAAUGUUGGAUUUGCCCUCAAUCCCUUUGUGAAUAUGAUGAACAUCAAUAUCUGUAACAUAAGAAUGUCACAUCUAUUUUCAAAGACCCCCACCCCCUCCUCAUUUGUAGACCUGGCAUUUUGUAAACACCUAGAAAACUUCAAUGGAUGCCAGAACUUGAGUUGUUAGAAGUUCCCAGUGGCUGUCAGCAGUUUCUUGCAGCUGCUGCAGGGUGUCUUUCGUCUUCAGAGUGCUCACCACUGUAAAUGCUAUAUGUGGUCCAUAACAAAUUUAGAAGCCUAGAUAAUGAUAUUUCUUGCUUACUUUAGUUAGUUCCCUUUGUUUGGUGCAGAUUACUUAAAUGAAAUAUAUACCCAGCAGUUCAGAAAGAGAAAGCAAAGGUGUUUAUGCAUACAGUUGAAAUUGAAUAUAAUCUUUGAAAUGAGAUUUCAGGAUGGAUCUUGGUGCAACUUUUCAUGUAUGAUAAUUACAGUUGUUUGCAAUAGGUGAACAUUGGCCACAACAAGCAGUGAUUAUUACCCAAAUAUUUGCUAUCAAAAUCUCAACUUUUCAGGUAAAUUUGUGUUUUCAAAGAGAGCUCUGGGAUGUGAUGCCAUGUACAGUAGAAGACGUUUGCAGUGUUUUGGAGGAACCUGGUGUCGCCAUCUUCAGGGUGCCCUAGACAGCAGGUUCCUCUGGAACUUUAGCAAAUACCUACCACCCCAUGAGUCUGUAAUCUUCAUAGUCACCAUGAGAGCCUAAAAUCUCUCACAGUUCAAAAGAAGUGAUAUGCUAGACUUUGCUGACAAUGGCCCAAUCUUAAUGUACACAAGGGCAUGGAUAGAGCCUAGGUGCACAGUCUAGGAGAACUGUUUCAGUUUGUAGGCCCACAAGCUGCCAGUGGCCCAGCUGAUUGCAGUUAGUGCUCACUUCUGCCAUAUCCACUGUCUCUCAUGCAAAUUUCCGUUAAAAUCUUAAAAUACACUUUUGAAUUUUAAAUUAUUUUUCACAUCACCGAUAAACCUUAUUGGUUGAAAUGUAUAGUGCAUAAGUGAUGUGAAAAAUAAUUUUAAAAUUCGAAAAAUUGUGAAUUUUAACACAAGUUCACAUUUGACACAGUGGAUAAGAAAGUGAAAACAAGUUGUAUGCAACAGGGUGCCGCAGUACAACCCACUUUCUGUGAGACCUCUCCCACUGACAUGAUUGAAACUUCAGUUUCAGUGACCUUCACAACCGCAGUUGCAUGUCAUUGGGUGAGUCAGUGACUUCACUUGUGUAGCAGUAAUGAGGAUACGUGUCUAGUGAGGUGGUUUUGUUGAACUGGAACUUUGUUGCUAAACUCUUUCAGUCAUCUCAGUAUGUGUCCAUUGUAACUGGUUUCAUGCAGCUGGCUGCAUGUGCAGUCAGUCGUGCCAGCAGGAGAGCAGUCUUACCAUAUAUUGUGUACAUUAUCAGAAUUCUGUAGUGAAAAGGAGAAUGCAGAAUGCAUAUUAUGUCACAGUGCCAGUAAAUACAAAAUCAAGUUCAGAGCGACGUAAGUAAGUCGUGCUUCUUGCCAUGGUGUAGGAUUGUGCAUCAAAAUGUUGAUGGCAAUUCCAUCCCACAAACUAAAGUUGUUACUGUUAUUUCUUUAUCUGUAUAUAAUGUAUCAGCUGCAGUUAAAAGUGGAUGAAAUUGUCAGAUUCAGUCUUUGUGUAGAGGGGAGAUUUGUUUGAAUAUUAUUUGUAAACAUCAUACAAAUGGCUUAAAUCUUACAUACAAAUGGCUUGUUGGCAGUGAGACUUAAAAUUGUACUAUGUAUCAUUUCUAAAAUGUUGCAGGAUUCUAUAAUUGUACUGCAACUAAAAGUAAAAAAUGAAAUAUUUGUUACUUUUGUCCCUCGUAGAUUUGAAUGACUUGCUGUACUUGGGAGCUUGAGUGUGUCAUGUUGAAUGUUUAGUUUGUUGCAUCUCCUUCGGUCCCUGGAGAUGAUAAAAAGCUACACGAAAUGGUGGCAGAUGAAAUGCUUUUGGUCUCUGAUUUGUUUUGUGAUAUAAUUUCUCGAAUUAGAUUAUAGUGUGAUUUGUCAAAAUGCUGGACUUGCAGAAACUUGUCAUAUUUGCCCAGAUAUAAGCUGCCCUCCCAAGAUGACAUGGUGUUAAAAUGAAAAUAUUUUGUCCACUUAACGCCAGGAAAGUGGGUAUUAUCCAUUUCCAUUAGGAGUCCAGUAGUUGGAAACUGAUUGAGUGCAGGUAUAUGUAUAUAUUGUUUGGACAAAGCUAAAGCACUGUCUGUUGGUCAUAACAAAAUAUGUUCCUUUAUAUAGAACUAGGCUAGCUAAUGAUAUUUCUUUUUGUUCAAGAAUCACUUGUAAGCUGCACCCUGAGUGGGAAGUGUUAAUUAUGGGAAGAAAUGUGGCUUCUAUCCAGGUAGAUGUGGCAUGUUGAUUCUUUAAAUUUUUAAAGUGUUCCCAGUUUGCUUUCGCUAUUGUAAAGGGCACUACUGUGGAAGUGCCCUGAAAUUAAUGUAUCCUUUCUUUAUUAUGAACCAGCCUGAACCAAUAUUAUACAGUAGCAGAGACUGUUGAAGAGCCCAAACAGAAGGCUUAUGCACUGUAAGAAAAUGUUACUUUAAUGAUCUCAGAGUUGAUCUUCUCUGUUCAUAAAAGAGUACCCUCAGGUAUUUGGAACUUAAUCAAGGAUAUAAAUUGGGUUCAUUUAUUUUUGUGAAAUUGUAACAUGUUUAAACAGUGGCUUUUAUAAACUCACAUAAACAUAAAUGAGAUCUGAAAGUCUUUGACGAUAAUAUAUUAAUACAAACAUUCUUUUGGACAUUAUCCAUUGUCCCAUUAUUCUUAUGUAAAACGCAACAUUUUGGAGACUGAUUCUAUGUCCAUCUUCAGAUAAAAGCAUCAGUUGGGCCCAGUCAAUAGAGUUCUAUUAAUUGGGCCCAACCGAGCAGGCUUUUACCUGAAGACAGACACAGAAUCCAGUCUCUGAAAUGUUAUGUCCAAAAACACAGUCAUAUAAGAUGAGUGUGGUGAUAUCCACAGUUCUAAAACCAAACACACAUUGCUGGUUACCCCCAUUUGCACCAAUACUUUUUUCUUGUUCUAACCAACAUCAGAAGUCAGUGACCCAAGUUCCACUCUAAUGGUACCAGGCCUAGGUGUAAGCAUAGAUGGUGCUUAUGUUCAAGUGAUGUGACGUAUACCUAUGCAUGGCUCCAUUAAAUUGAACCCUCACAAGCGGUGUACAUAUGCAUGUGAUGUGAUGUUUGUAUGCGUGAUGAAGGGUGAGUAAUAUUUGCUAAAAUGAAAAUAAAGUGAAGAGCACACGAAAGAUGGUAAAAUUAAAGUAAAUAGGACAGACUACUAACAUCAGAUAAAGAACAGCCGGAUGUGUUUGUGUGUGAGAGUGAAAUUUCAGAAACGGCGUGAAUCUGUUGACUGUGAAUGCAGGAAUGAAUAUAUGAAAAUAAAGAUGAACUCAAGGUAAUUUUUUUAAGAAACCAUAUGUUGGUUUCACUGCAAUUUCCAUGUGACACUGGAGGGAAUGUGAAUGAACGCUAAAUAUUGCAUCCCCCCAUAUGUGUGCUUUGUUAACAUGUCUUUUGUGCGCGCAUGUGUUGAGAGCACUACACAAUAAGGAAAGGAAAUGAAAAUAUGUAAUUUAUUACCUAACAUGACAAGUCCUCUGUGUAGCACAUCAUUGCCUUUCCAUGAAAGAAUCACAAGUGAACUUUCCUGUAGAUAACAGAUAACCAUAUUCACUCCUCAUGUAAAUUACCAUAGGUGUCCUUUUUUUUUUGGCUUUGAAGCUCUGUAUUUUAAUAAUCUGGUGAUAAUUCAUUCUGGUGGAAGUUUGAAGCAAGGUGGAGUAUGUCUGUAGCAUAAAAAAAUUUAUAAUAAAAUGAAAUAACUGAUCCAUG